UAAAUUGGAGUGAAAAAGUAGAAAAAGUGUAAUCAGAAAAAUCAGCCUCCCACUAACGCGAUUAGUCACACAAGCCGUGAGUCUUAUAACCAUUUUUAUGAUUUUAAUUCCAACGCAUUAAAAAGAGGUUAAUUUUUUCCAAAAAAUGGCACGCCAACCCGACGAAGAACUAAAAAAGGCCUUUUUGGAACUGCAAGAGAAAAUGAUUGAUACGAGUCAAAAAUUAAAAUUAGCUGAUGUGCAAAUUGAUUCCCUUAAACGCACAAAACAACGAGCAGAUUUGACUACUAAGGAAAUAACCUCACUUCCACCUAACACGAAAACUUACGAAUCCGUCGGCAGAAUGUUUCUCCUGGAUGAUAUCGUAAGUAUUAAAGACGGAUUGGAAAAACGAACAAAAAAUGCUGAAGAAAAAAUCAAGACCUUGGAGAACAAUAAAAACUACUUGCAGAAGAGUUUGAAGGAAAGUGAAAACAAUCUCAGGGAAAUGGUCCAGCAGAGGCAAAACAAAGAGAUUUCUGUUUGAAGAGUCAGGACAUAAGAGGCAAUAUUCUUUCGGUUCAGUUAUUACCUUAUUACCAUCUCAUAUUAUAUUUACAUUGUAAUUUAUUACACGUUUCUUCAUCAGUACGUCGCACAAUAAAAAAAUGCAUUUUUAGUAAAAAGUUGAGUGAAAAGGGACAGGGUCGAUUUUUAAUCAUAGGAAUUUAAAUUAAUUUCGUCCUUUUUUCGUAUAUACUUAUUUUUUUAGAAACUUGAUUACUCCAAACAAUUUAAACGCUUACAUUCAAUUAUUUAUAAACAUAGUAAGUGACGAACACAUAAAAGUUUCAGAGAUCAGUUAAAAAAUGUACUUAAAACGCUCUUUAUCGAUUUAAGAAUUAAAUCAUUAUAAACCAAAAAAAA